UUUUUGGCUCGGAGCUCCCGCCGCCGCCAGGACGCACGGACGGAGGAGGAAGCCACAGCCCGGCAGCCAUGGUCUUGCAAGGUUUGGCGGUAGGACGAAGGUAACUCACCAUGGCUACGUUUGUCUUUGAUGUCUCGAAAGACGCGAGUAGUUUCCAGAGUUUCAUAAAAAAACUGCGGAAACAUGCCCAAGAUGAGAAUAACCCCACCCUCGUGGAUGGGGUCUCCAGGCUAACCGCUGAGGCGGACAAUCCGGAAACGUUUGAUCUCAAUGUACGUUCUGGGUACAACGAGGUCACCCUGAGAGUGCGGAUUGACAACCUCUAUGUCAUCGGCUUUAAAACCACUGAGAAUAGGUGGUUUGAGUUCCUCCAUGACAACAACAGAGCCCCUAUGAUACAAGGGUCGACCUCACUGACGUACAACGGGAGCUACACAAGUAACGGCAUUGGUUCGUUGGAUGAGGGACAAGCUAUUCUUGGCCGGACGGCUGUAGUUGACGCUAUCAAUGGCCUGGCCAAUUUCAGAGGAACAACCGAUGAUACGACGAGAGCUCGGCUGCGUGCACUGAUUGUGAACUUCAUCGAGUCCACCAGGUUCGACGACAUCGCCAACCGUGUCGACCUCCAGAUGAGAAGCCCAUCUGGACCUGCCGCAGACCGGCAGCUGACACAACGGGAUAUCAGCCUGAUCCGCAACUGGGGCAAACUGUCGCGAGCCUUGAUUAAUCGUGUCAAUAACCCCGAAGGGCCGAACCCCUUCCUUCGAUUCCAAAAUUUGGGGAUACAAAAUGCCUUGGAUGCAGCCGCGGUGCUUGGCAUGGUGCUCAUUGGGGUCGUGAGGAGCAACCUGCAGCGCCAACGGCGCUCCACCAGCGGUGGCAACAGCAAGGACACCGACACCGCAGGCCUCACGCUUGCCGAGGUUGUUGGGGUGCUCAUUAGGAACAUCGACGGCGAAAACCCCGGCGAUCUCUACGGGACGAUCAGCAUCACCGACGGCUUCGGUACCGUGAAGCUGUUCAACCGGGACAAGAGGAACACCCAGUCGGUCGGCCCUGGGGGCUGGGCCGACCUCACCUGGCCGGCUCUAGCGAUCUUCGGUGCCGACGACUUGAUCAUCGACGUCGACCUCAUGGACCACGACACCCUGUCCCCUGACGACGAGGUGGCGCGCGGGCAGGUGGCCUGGAACUCCCGUGACGCCUUGAGCCGCGACUAUGACAGGAUCCAGAGGAAGCAGGUCAAGGGCCAAAGUGGUUCCGUGGAGGUGCAGUUCGCAGUGCUGACCGACGCCGUGGUGGCCACCGUGGAGGUCGUGAUGCUGGACGGCGACGGAGAGAACGUCCCGGACGUCUACGGCAAAAUCACUGCGUCGACCGUUAUGCCGUACUGCGGCGGACGGCUGGAGUACAAACUGUUCGAUAAGCAGCGAGGCCAGUCCGUCGGCGUGCCAAAAGGUACGGCCAUACCACCGCAGCGGAAGGUCAUCUCCGCACCGCUGUGCUCGAUGCUUCAAGUCUCCGCCGACUUGUGGGACGCGGACAGUUUCCCCGACCUCUCCCACGACGACCACAUCGCGAAUGGCUCUGUGGCCUUCACCCCACGUCUCGCGGGCAACGACAAUGCAGAUAUCAAAGGCCCGUACGGCAGGGUGAGGGUGUACGUCACUUGGUCACUCUAGUUGAAGCACGUAUCUAUAUAUGCAAGCAAGAAUAAGCACGGCCUCACGUACAGGCCAGGGAGGAUGCAGGGGGUCAUGUACAUGCCACCCUUCUCCCAGAGCAAUGUCUACAGCUAGCUCGCUGUGUUGUGAUCAGCGAGCAGAUAAAUAAACCAAGAUCUGAGCGUGCUCGGAUCUUGAGGGGCUUGUGAGCAUCUCGUGUGGAGGGAGCGUCCAUCGUCGUGCUACUCCAACCCAUCUGGUCGAGUGAGCAGAGCAGACAUGGUCUUCUUCGGAAACUUGGCCUAUCCUUGUUGAACACCCCCUGAAUUACUUGCUCUACAUUUGUCCUUGUUUUGUUUCGUCGGUUGUGUACUGGUCUUUCAAUGUAAAUUAUGUUUGCUACAUGCUCAAAUAUAUUAUGGGAGUGCCUAUUAAGAUCA